UUUUAAGUGAACACCAAAGAAGCUCCAGGAUAAGCAGACGACGGUAAUCCCUUGUUGUUUCCGUAUUGUGUGAAUCUGAGUAACGUCUGAUAGGUAGAGUCGCCUGAUAGGCGGAGCCACUGUUUUCAAUCCAACCGCCAAUCAGCGAUAACAGGAAAUCGCGGUUUCUUCAAAUUGUUGUUUAUUUCUGAAGAAAGACGGCGCAUUCAAAUAGGAUUUAACGGUGCUGCUGCUGCUUGCAUUAUUAAAGUAGUCCAAGAUGCUACUGCGAUCCAGAAAAUCCAUCCUCCCCAGGCAGGCAAGUGGGGAGAGUGACUCGAGUGAGGUAGAGUUUCUGGACACAACCACGGUAAAGCCGAGGAGACGGUCGACCCGCCCGCUCAGGAGAACUACGUACGAGGAGUCAGAUGAAUCCGACUCGGAGUCUGUCCAAGUGAUGGAGACACGUCAAAGUCACGCUGCAGAGCUGGAGGAGGAAACUGCUGCUGCGGAACUGAAGUAUUGUCGUGUUGUGCUGGACCGCCUGCGGGCUGAAGACGAAAAGGCUACGAGAAAAGAACUCGAGGAGAAAGAAGACAUGAACCGCAAAGGUGGGAAACUCCUCUCCCGAAUCCCCACUUUCCGACCGCGGCCUACAGUUGCGAGCCAAACCCCGGAGCUGCCUGGAUCCCAAACCGACACCCCUGUCCAUAUGACUCCUCCUCCCGAGAAAGCUGGCAGCGUGGAGGCCGAGAAGCCCAAGCUGCCUCAUGUGAGAGAAACCUCACUACCCCUGCCAUCGGUCCGCGUCCCCAAAUUGGACUUCGAACCCCCCUCUCCGUUAAGCAGCACAGAACGAGCCGCUGCGGCAGCCCAUAGUCCCCUAAUUGCUGCAUCCAAGAGCUCCAGUUCGCCUGAAUCUUCUCUGACUGCGAGCCCCAGGCCGGCCCUCAGACCAGAGCAGGGCUCGCAGCAACACGUAGGCCCCGAGAAAGCUGGCAGCGUGGAGGUCGCAAAGUCCAAGCCGCCUGAUGUGAGAGAAACAUCACUACCCCUGCCAUCCGUCCGCAUUCCCAGAGUCGACUCUGAAGCCACCUCUCUGCUAAGCAGCACAGAACGAGCCGCUGCAGCAGCCCAUAGUCCCCUAAUCGCUGCACCCAAGAGCUCCAGUUCGUCUGACUCUUCUCUGACUGCGAGCCCCAGGCCGGCCCUCAGACCAGAGCAGGGCUCGCAGCAACAUGUACCGGAGCCGGAGGAGAGCAAAACGUUUGAAAUGGAAACUGAAACCGUUCAGGAUGCCCCCGUAACUCAACUUCCGUGCGAGGACUCCAUCAGCCAAAAGCCACCGGAAGACACGGAAGAGUUUGCCACUGAGGUUAAAAGCAGGAUUACGCUCACCGCCGCUGGAGAUACCGAAGACGAGGCUAUUAUGGACGAACAACCGCCGUGGGAGGCAGGGCCGAUGAACCCACCUGAAUUAAAGGACAGUAGGUCUUCAUCAGAUGUCGAACGUGAGGAUGAUGUUGCAGAUGAAAAGUCAGACGGCCAUGAUUCAGAGGAGGAGGAGAAGCAUCAUGAACCACUUAUAAGCCAGUCCAAGUUUUCAUAUCCUGCAGAGGAAAAAACCAAUGUGGAUGAGUCGACCUCUCCUGUAGCACCAGAGAAGCCUGCUGGAGCUCAAUCAACCAAGAGUUCAGGAUGCUGCAGUUUUGCCCUCUUCUGCCUCCUGCCCACCACCUUGCUGCUUCUCGGGGGGGUUGGCCAGCACGUGUGGCACUACGGGCUUCCCAUGUCUGUGGCUCAGCUCACCGCUCAGAUGGAACUGCACUGGCUGGAGGGCUUUGGCCUAGUACCAGAGCCUUGCAGCACUGAUUGUCGAGUGCGCCUGGUGGAGAGCAUCCCCGAGGGUCUCUACCAGCCCUCUGCCUCGUCCAGGCGGAGCAUCGCAGACAGCUGGCUACAUCUGCUGGGCAAAGCCAACAGCUCGGUCCAUAUCGCUGCUUUCUACUUCACUCUACGUGACAGCGAGUCGGCGCACUCCUCUGACUCUCAGGGAAGAAUGGUCUUUGAGCAACUUAAACAACUUGAAUCCAAAGGUGUGGACCUCCAGAUUGCCGUCAACGCCCCCCAGACCUCCACUCAAGAUACGGCAGAAUUGGCUGCAACAGGUGCAGAGGUCAGAGAGGUGGACCUCAAGGCUGUGACCGGAGGCAUUGUCCACACCAAGCUGUGGGUGGUGGAUCAGAAGCACUUCUACCUGGGUAGUGCUAACAUGGACUGGCGCUCUCUAAGUCAGGUGAAGGAGGUGGGCCUGUCGGUGGAGGACUGCAGCUGCCUGGCUCAGGAUGCCUCUCGGAUCUUUGGCGUGUACUGGAGCAUCGGCGGCGUGAACAACGGCUCCCUGCCGCCGUACUGGCCUGCUCGUCUCUCUGCGCUGUCCAGCUCCCAGAAUCCCCUGCGCCUGAAGUUCAAUGGAGUGCCUGCUCAAGUGUACUUGUCUAGUUCCCCUCCGCAGAUCUCCGCCCGCGGCCGCUCUGACGAUCUCUCCACCAUCCUGUCGGUCAUCGACGACGCCCAGAAAUUCAUUUACAUCUCCGUCAUGGACUAUCUCCCUCUGUCACAGUACACAGAGCCACUCAGGUUCUGGCCCGCCAUCGACUCGGCGCUGCGUGCCGCCGCCUGCACCAGGCAGGUGCAGGUCCGACUCCUGGUCAGCUGCUGGAAGCACUCCCCCGCCGCCAUGUUCCCCUUCCUGCAGUCCCUGCUGGUGCUCCGCAGACCUCCGCUGAAGUGUGACGUCGACGUGAAAAUCUUCACGGUGCCUUCGACAGCGGAGCAGAUGAAGAUUCCCUUUGCACGAGUCAAUCAUGCCAAGUACAUGGUUACAGACCGAGUGGUCUAUAUCGGGACAUCCAACUGGUCGGAGAACUACUUCACCCGCACGGCUGGAGUGGGCUUGGUGGUGAACCAGACCGGCUCGGAGGUGAAGGAAGGCCAGGAGACUGUGCAGCGCCAGGCGGAGGAGCUCUUCCUCAGAGACUGGACGUCCCAGUACGCCAGCGCUCUCUCUGUGGACGACGAGGACGUCUGCCCUGGCGGCUCGCACUGGGGGGCCUUCUAUUGUAUGCUGAACAACAUCCUGUUUCUGAGAUCAGUGGAAAUGUGCCCUGGCUAAUGGAGCAGUUUACUGGAUGUUUCAAUGUCAAUAAAUACAACUUC